AUGCCUGCAAAAGUUUGUUGGCGAUGUCUCCCUGUAGGGGGUAUAACGCUUCUGAUGCUGAACUUGCAUUGUUAGCUUACUUUUCUGGUCUCAUGAGAGGACAGACGAAUGAAUAAAGUGGUGCUGCAGCGUGUAGUCACUCUUUUCACGUCGUACUCAAGGAAUGACGUGUGUACGAAUUUCAAAAUCUGCUGCUGAAAAACACAUCAAAUAUUACUGACAAGUUACUAAACAAGGCAGAACAAACGCUGUUCCGAUCAUCUGCUUGACAAGGUCACAUCACUUAUUAUGGUUAUAUUACCCGAGAACUGAACAUUUGCUUCCUCCUACAAACAAUAGCUUUUGGUGGCUGGAUGUCUUGUUUGCAGUGCCUGACUGCAUUUCCCUGGACAAAUUCCAUGUAUUAAGAAGCAUGACAAGGAUAUAGAAGAUCCCCAGCCUGUUGGAUUGAAGAGCCACUUUUCUAAUUUUGGAUGGUAAAAUAUUAACAUUUCCUAAAUGUUGAAUGCUAAAAGCUUUUAUAAGGUUAUAUUGAUGUUACAAAACCUGAUUUGGGAGAUAGAUCCAUAGCUUGCCUUUAGCCUUUUCUUUUUACCUUUCUUUCCUUCUUGCCCAUCCUUGUGUUCGCUCAUUUUUGGUCUGUUCUCCUGCUGAAUCGCUUCCCUUUUCUACUUUCCCACUUUAAGCAUCUUCUCUUUGCUUGAUCAGAGAGUCAUGGAACCUGUCCUAUCAGGCAAUGAGUGAGUUAAUACAUCUACUUCACGUCAUUUCAGCAUUGGUGACCGGAGGCUCUAGCCACCAUGGCAGGGCUUGGUAUUGGAGCACCGAUUGUGAAGGUGUAUCAUGAGAAAUCUAUCAUCUUACCAGAUGUGUCAAGGGUGCUGGCAUGCCUGUAUGAGAAGGAUAUCAAGUUUCAGACCCAGACAACCUCCUCUUUCAAGGGCCUACUUAGACUUCAGGCAUCGAGCCAUGUUCCAGUUCCAUUCGAUGACGGACUUACAUUCCUAGAAGAAUCAAGAGAAAUCUGCCGCUAUAUAGCAGAAACUUAUGACCAUCAGGGAUAUCCAUUCCUCCUUGGGAAGGAUUCCCUUGAGAGGGCUUCCAUCGAGCAAUGGCUCCACCAUGAAGAGCAUAAUUUCAACCCUCCGAGCAGAUCCUUGUUCUGCCACUUGGCCUUUCCCCUUGCUGAAGAAGAUGAUGAUAUUGAUUUGCAGAAGAGAAAGCUAGAAGAAGUUCUGGAGGUUUAUGAGCAAAGGCUGGGUGACAGUGAAUUCCUUGCUGGGAACAAAUUCACUCUUGCCGACCUAGUACACCUGCCAAACUCCCACUACAUCACGGAAUCUGACAAGUUUGCCUACCUAUAUGACUCGAGGAAGAAUGUGCAGAGGUGGUGGAAUGCUAUUUCUACCCGGAAGUCGUGGCAGAAUGUGCUGACGGAUAUACAGGUGGUGGAGCAGCAGCGCAAACAGGAGGAAUUUGAGAAGCAGCAGCAACGGCAGUGGCUUAGAGAGCGUCCUCCAAACACCAGACGCAAGAUUCGUCUAGACUCUCGGAAGCAAACCAGCACAAAACCUCAGACAAUAUUGGUUCCUUCUCCUGUCGAUAUUAUCUCGACAUCUCCCACGGCUUCCCAAGUGGAGAAGCCUUUUCCUACCAAAACUUUCCCUGCUGAGGCACUAUCUACUCCUACCACUCAUAAAUCUCCAUCUGUCCAAAGCAAACACACUACUGUUUUUACUACACAUCGAGAAACUCCAGCAGCCCCAGUCCAAAGUACUCCUAGACUUCCUGGAUAUUCUCACAUUCCUGUUCAAAGUACAAGCAACUCCUUUACCCCAGCCACCUCUCCUACCACUGCUGAAAAUCCCUCUAGAACAAGUGCUGAUAAGUCUAAAACUAGAGGUCUCUCACUUCCUUCUGAAGCCACUGAAAUAGACCUCCCUGGUAACUCCAAGCGAAGUUCAUCCAAAGAAGUAUCUCAUAACCUCCGUGUCUUUAAUUUCUACGAGGCAAGCAGCCAUACUGAUGAAGCAGAACCUUAUACUGAACCCACUCCACAAAAAUCUUCAGAAGUACUGGACAGGAUCUCUGGAACUGAUGGUCCCAGCAAUGCCACUGAUCAUGUCAAAACCGGUGCAAGAUCAGCCAAAGAAGAUUCUGGUGCAUCAGAUUUCUGGAUUGACAACACAGCCACCAAUGCUGAUACCCUGGAUAAGAAAUCUGAUGGAUAUACUGAAACCAUUUACGGCAGAUCUACUGAUCAGAGAGCUACAUAUACGUCUCCUGGGAAGCAUGGUUCAACUGAAGCACAUCAGAAACUGCAGACUGAGGAGUGGCAUCGUACUGCAGCUGGUUUGAGUAAUCUAAAGGGAGAAACUGAUUAUUCAAUGCCUACUCAGCAAGUAAAACCUGGCAAAGAUGUGCGAAAUGGCUCAUCACAAGAUUCAGAGCAAAUAAUCACUCAUCCUCUUGCUGAAGAACCAGUGAGCAUGGAUAGGCAACUGGUUCAAGGACCGGGAAUGACACCUCGAACACCAUACACUGAUCAGAAAAAAGAUGUUUCUUCUAUGCUUUGGCAAAAAACUGCUGAUGUUCGAGGAAUUGCUGAGGAGGACAAAGCAUCGUCUGACAAUACAGAUGCUGUACUGUCCUCUUAUGCACGAAAACAUGCCGAGGAAACAAAGCGUGUAAAAGAUGAAGAUACUCAAUCUAUACCAUUCCAAACAGCAUAUGAUGAUGCUCAUGAUAUCGCCCAGGAAGCAAGAGAAACUGCAUCUGCACCAAGGCGGAGGACUCAAGAUGCAUAUGAUACCUCUGAAGUAAUAGAAACCUACCACUCUUCAUCAUCUAGACCACAACCUAUCAAUGUUCCACAGCAUGCUGCUCCUCCAUCCAAGCAAGCAGCAUCUAAAGGCCCUCGCCGUGCAACCGCACCAUACCCAGCUGCUCAAGAAUUCAUCAAGCAAGGUAGGGAAAGUCCUGCAUCAAGGUCAACAGUACGUCAUGAUACCCAAGGCAGCACUGAAGAAGAGACUGGGGAAUCUUCAGCAUCCAAAGCACAUCCAUCGGGUUCUGGUCUGACUGAUGCUCGUCCACUGAAGGAAUUUUUGGAUGAAGAUCAUUAUGGUUCAGUUGCACCAUUGCAAACAGGAUAUGCUCCAAAGCAGAUGAUAUCUCAAGAUGCCUCUGAAGAAAUGAAGAUGACUGAUUCUGCAUCAUUUGAAGCACAAACAUUCGAUCAUCAACAAGCUGGCGCUCCUCCACAACAACAACGACCAGCUGAAGAUGUCCAAACUACUGCUUCACCAUGGAAGAAAAGAUAUUCUGCUGGUGAAGAUACCACUAAACAUUCUAAAGAUGCUGCUUCUAGGCCAGGGCGAAUGGCGGCUCAAGAAGUUCAGGACAACUUUAAAGAAACUAAGGCUGGUGAUUCCUUGUCUACCAGAGAACCGCCUUCAGAUACUUGGCGAGCUCAUCCUGCUCUCCCAAGGCAUCAAGUAGCUGAUGAUCACAGCACAACAGCACCAACCCAAAAGAGAUAUCCUGGCACAAGAGGCACCAUCAAGGAAGUGGAAGAGAUCGCUUCUAUGCCACGACGAAUGGCAGGUGAAGAUGCUAAAGAAGCAUUGGAAGAAACAAAGUUUGCCGAGGCUGCAUCACCUGAAGCUCAACCUUUGUAUUACCAGAGAACUGAUGCUCCUUCGCGCAAGCAAGAAGCAAUUGAAGACCGACUUGGUGCAACUUCACCAUUAGAAAGAAGAUAUGCUGAUGCCAAAGAUACCACCAAACAUUCUAGAGAUACUGCCUUACCAAGAAAAAUUGUGGGUCAAGAUGCUGAAGACACCUCUGAAGAAGCAGAAGCAGAAGCUCGUAAGUUUAGAGCACAACCUCAAGAUGCUCGGCGAGUUCCAACUACUCCAUCAAAGCAAGCAGCUGAAGAUGCUCUUAGUGUGAGCCGAUCAUCCCCCAAAAGAUAUCCAAGAGCUGAAGAAACCAGCAAGCAACCUAGAGGCAUUGCUCCUAAACCAACACAUAUAGCAGCUCAAGAUGCUAGGGAUAUCUUUACAGAGUCAAAGGUUGCUGAUUCCACACCAUCCAUAGAGCAACCUUCAGAUUCUCGAGUGGCUGCUUCCUUCGAAAAGCAAGAAAUUCCUGAUGCUCGUAACACAAGUGCAUCAUUCCAAAAGACAUACCCUGAUGUCAAAGGCGCCACCAAGAAAUCAAAAGUUACCUUUGAAGAAACAGAAAGUCCUGAUUCUGCAUCAUCACGAGUGCAACCUUUGGAUACUCGGAGAGAUUAUGCUCCAUCUUGGAAGAAAGAAGCAACCGAAGCUCCUCGUGCAACUUCACCAUUAAAAAAGAGAGACUCCUAUGUUGAAGACACUGCCAAACGCUCCGGUGGUGCUCCUAAGCCAAGGCAAAUGGUGGGUCAAGAUACUCAAGGCACCUAUGAAGAAACAAAGGCCAGUGAUUUUGGGUUGCCCAGAGAACAAUCUUCAUAUACUUGGCAAGCUACAAAUACUCCAACGGAGAAAGUAGCAACUGAAGAUGAUCCUGGCCGCACUCCACCAUCUGAAAGAAAUGCUCCAAGUGAUGAAGACACCACCACGCGACCUAGAGGCACCGCUUCAGCACCUAGGCGGACAACUGCUGGAGAUGCUAGUGGCUCAUUUCAAGAGUCAAAGCCUGCUGAUUCAGUGUCAUCUAGGGAGCAACCUUUGAGUGCUCGGCAACCAGUUGUUACUCCAUCAAGACAAGAGACAGAAGAUUCUCUUAGCAAAAUUUCAGCAUUCCACAAGACUCGUCCUUUCGUUGAAGAUAGCACUAGGCCAGCUGUAGACACUGUUUUUGGGCCAAGGCAAGUUGGGGCUGAAGAUACUAAAGACAUCACUGAAGAAGCAAAGGUUCCUGAUUCUGCAUCAUCUGUCGGAGCAAGACCUACUUUCACUCCGCGAAAUGCUCAUCCUCUGUCAGAGCAAGCAGAGGUGGAAGAAGAUGAGGAAACCAGCAAGAAACCUAGAGGCGCUGCUUCUAAACCAACACAUAUAGAAGCUCAAGAUGCUAGGGAUAUCUUUACAGAGUCAAAGGUUGCUGAUUCAGCACCUAGGCAGACAACUGUUGGAGAUGCUAGUGGCUCAUUUCAAGAGUCAAAGCCUGCUGAUUCAGUGCCAUCUAGGGAGCAACCUUUGAGUGCUCGGCAACCAGUUGUUACUCCAUCAAGACAAGAGACAGAAGAUUCUCUUAGCAAAAUUUCAGCAUUCCACAAGACUCGUCCUUUUGUUGAAGAUAGCACUAGGCCAGGUGUAGACACUGUUUUUGGUCCAAGGCAAGUUGGGGCUGAAGAUACUAAAGACAUCACUGAAGAAACAAAGGUUCCUGAUUCUGCAUCAUCUGUCGGAGCAAGACCUACUUUCACUCCGCGAAAUGCUCGUCCUCUGUCAGAGCAAGCAGAGGUGGAAGAAGAUGCUCGGGACAAAGACAGAGAAGGUAGAGAAACUUUUUCUGCGCCAAAGAAAAUGGUGUCCAGAGAUUCUGAAGACUCAUAUGGAGAAAGAAAGACUCCGCAUUCUGCGUCCACUGAGCAACUUUUGGAUAAUCUGCAAACUAGUUCUCCAUUAAAGCAGGCAGCAGCUGAAGAUUCCCGUGGUGCUACUAAGGGAGCCAAAGAGUCGCUCGUUGAUGAGACAAAGCAUUCUCGAGGUUUUAAAGGUGCCAGCAAGAAACCUGUAGGCACCUUUGAAGAAACAAAAGACCCUGGCUCCAGAUUGCCCACAACACAACCUGUGAGUGCACAAGAUGCUCAACACACCGGUAGAUCAUCUAGAACACCAACUGCUGAGCAAUGGAAAGAUGCUCCAACACAACUCCAGUCAAAUCUUCAAGAGGAAGCGAAAUCAUCAUCUGCCCGUCAGAAAGGUUUGGGAUCCUCACCAUCAGAGUCAGAAGCUGGAGAUGAUAAUCAGGCCAUCAUGGGCGAAAAAGUAUUUUCACCCGAGCAGCUUAGGAAGAUGCCCAAGGAAAGUCGAUCAGCAUCAUCCAAAGCACAACCUGCAGAUUCUCUGAGCCUUACCAAGGUGGAGAGAAUGCCUUCUGUUUAUCAGGAGGACCAUCUGGUUGCACCAGACAGCCGUAAGCAACCUCAAACCCUCCCAACUUCUGUGAGAGCAGAUGGCUCUACACCAAAGCAUCAACAAGGUCCUGUCAUUCCAUCUACUUCUGAAGAGAAAUCAACUCCUCCAACUCCACCCAGAGCAAAAGCUCACAGUGACCAUACUACUGAAGAGCCAGUUAAAAGAGACACUCUUGAUGAUCCAAAAGGAGCAGCACUCCUAUCAGGCCGAGAACCAACUUCCCAAGUCCAACAUGCCACUGAACCAACUCCUGAUGGAGAUUUGUCUAGCAAACCAUCCACCAUUGAUAAAUGGCGACUCGCAUCUGCGCCAAUACAAGGUGUAACCCCUAAUUCUGGUGAUAGUGUGCUGGGUGUGCCUACCAUUGAUCAGAAGCCAACACCAAUGAGUCAACAAUCGGUACCCAGUGCUCAGGGUGCCAAUGAGAGUGUCAAAAGAGAACAAAGAAUGGUACCAUCUGCACCAGCAGGAGCUCAAACACCUGAAGUUCAGCAUGCUCCACCAUCAUUCGCUGGAGCUGACAUGGCUGAAAGAGAUGGAGAGCCAGUACAAAUGCAAGCACCAACCCUGCAUGCUCGUCCUCCUUCAGUGCCUACCAGAAGAGCAUCUCCUGAUGCUCGUGACACUGGUGACAACGAGUUCGCUAGCACAUCUGAUGCCCAAAGAUGGAAGGCCUUGAAAGCUAAACAUGAUUCAGCCAUGAUUGAUGAAAAUGUCCCAGAUGCCAGUUUGUCAACUCAUGAUGCUAGUGAAGCUCAAGUUUCAGACUCUCUGCCCGGUUCAACAGCAACCCCUGUGAAUGCUCGACCUACCAGUGUUGAUAAGCUUGUCGAAAGAUUAGCACCUGAUCAAGGGGGGAAACCACCUGAAUCAGCUCAAGCAGAAACACGUUUUGAUGCUCCAGGUGACUCUGUAUCACCCCAAGGUGUACCUAGUGAUGCCUUGGACGAAACCAAAAUUGCCAAGCCAUCCUCAACUGGAGGCAUGGGACCUACAGCUGGAUCAGCUUCAACUUUGGAGGCCCAACUUGCUGAACACAAAUUUGCUCCAGCAGAUAAAAGAUCAGCUCGUGCUGCACAACCCCUGUCCUCUGUUGAAACAAGGAAAGAAGAUUCUAGUGUUUCUGCAGCUGAUCAAACUAAGAAACCACAGACAAUUUUUCGUCAAGAAUCAAGGCCAUCUACACCAAUCACAAAACAAGUACCAUCCUCAAAUGCCUACCAUGAUACAAGGAAAAUCCAGCAAGUCACUCUUGAUAAUCUUUCUAUGGAUGAUUCACCAACACCACAUGUUCCAAGUUAUGAACAAGUUUCCCAUACACCACAAACAAUCCCUAGUGAAAGAGACAUGACACGUACACCAGACACAGGUGGCUCUCCAGCUUCAGAUACCCAAAUCGCUUCAGAAAAAUUGCAGGAAGCCAUUCCUGAUAAUUAUCGCCCUGAUGAGUUAACAGUGCCAUCUCCCUCAAGUGAAAAACAAGGUUCCUAUGCUGGAUCCUCUACUGAACCGCAUGACGGACCAUCUCAUGAUGCUCACGGUGCUGCAGAUGACAAGGACAUAACUAAAUAUCCAUCUAAGCAAGCACCAGUUUUAGAAUAUAGGCCUGAGACAUCAGACGAUAGUUAUGUUCGUCCCACCAGCGGUGAUGAGCCAGGAAUUUCGCCUGGUCAGGGUGCAGAAUCACCUACAGCAGCUCAAGCAACAAAUUCUGAGGAUCGACAUAAUGAAGUAUUUCCUGCUGAAAAGAAAUCCACCGUAUCAGAUCAAGAUUCAGUUCAUUCUGUCCAACAACAUUCCCCAGCUGAGACCAGGAAAGGAGAGACUAUUGUUGCUGCAGCUGAACAGACACUGCCAACAAACAUUGGGCAGCAACACACACAUGACAUGAGAGAUGAUCCAGCCUCAUAUUUUGUGCCCGCCGAAGAACCUUCUGAUGCUCAAAGUGGUAGACCUGACGAAGUAGUCCUUGCUGAACAGAAAUUCACCUCAUCAGAUCAAGAUACACAACUGACAUCCUCUGUUGAGCCAAGGAAUGAAGAGAUUAGAAAUUCAACUCGUUCUGCACAACCACUUUUUCCUGCUGAAGAUUAUCAAACCAAUGAUCCACAAACAACUAUUGGUCAACAAGACAUAGCGCCUAUACCAGGACCAUCAAAAUCUCCAUCCUCAGGGAAAUUUCAGGAGGUUGCUCCUGAUGAUAAUCACACUGUUGAGUCACUUCCAAACCAAGGACAGAUCUCUCGCGCUAAACCUUCUUUUGUACUCUCUGAAGGUCCAACCCAUGAUUCUCAUAAUGACAUCAAUAAAAAUACCACGAAACUACCAUCUAGCCAACCACAAAGCUCAGACCCAAGACCUGAUCCCACACAAAACCGCAGUGAUGAGGCUCCCACAAAACAACAUGCAGAAACUCAAGCACCACCACCUCUCGUGGGUCCAUAUGACUCUAAAUCCAGCCAAAAUGGAACUUCUGAUACCUUAGGCAAAGCCGAAUCACCAGAACCAUCAUCUAUAGAUCAAGAAGCCAUGAAUUCAGCAUUAACUCCUGACACUCAUCUUGGUAGUGCACCACGGGAAGUAACUCCUGCCGGACAGAAGUUACUCUUGAAAGAUCAAGAUUCUGCCCAUCCCACAGAAAAGUCUUCCUCGAGUGAACCAGCAAAAGAACAAACUACUUUUGCUGCACCUAAUGAAGCCAAGACGUCACCGACAAUCUUCAGUCAACAAGACAUAGCUCUUGCACAAACCAAGAUGAAAGACCCAUCUUCAGGUUCACAAUAUGUUCCACAGAGGCUUCAGGAAAUCACUCCCGAGGAUCAACGUACCACUGGGUCGACUCCAAUGCAACAGCAAGUUCCUCAUUUUGAACACAUUUCUAAACCUAAUGACGGACCAACUCCUGAUCCGCAUGGUGCCUUUGUCAAAGAACCCAUGGCACAUACAACAAGCCCGACACCACAUGUCCAAUAUGGUAUGGCGCAAACUGGAUUAUCCCCUGAUGAAGAGAAACCUGACAUAUCAGAUAAAGAUUCAGAGCGUCAAACACAGCUGCGUUCCUCUGCUGAAUCAAGGAAAGAAGAGAGAGAUGUCGAUGCAUCUGAUCAAACCAUAAUGCCUGCACCACACACAGGUCAAUCUUUAGGGGAAGUUCUGGAAGUUAGUCCUGACACUCAUCAAUCCAGUGAGUUGACUAGACCAACUAUACCGAGCCGUAAACAAGAUUCACAUGAAGGUCCAAACUCUGAUGCACAUCGGGCUGUUGCUGAUGAAAAUAGACGGCCACCUCUGGUCAGCCAAGCACGCACUUUAGAGACUGGACUUAAUUCUGCACCAUUCAGUGAUGAUGUUAUUCCUACCAGUGGUGAUGAGCCAGUCACGGGACUUACAAAUGAACAAAAGAAGCAGACACCGGAAGCAUUUCAAGCACCUCUACCUCCUGAGGCUCUGUAUGACUCCAUAUAUCCUAAAAGUGUAUCUGCGGAUGCCUUUGGUGAAGUUGGGCCUCUGAAAGCAACUGGUAAAGUAACCCCUGCUGAUCAAAGGAUAGCUCCAUCAGAACCACUUCCGGUUGUUGAGUCGAGAAAAGAGUCUACUGGUGCUGAAUCUGAAGAAAGCAAAGUGUUUCAACCAGUUACUGGCCAGAAAGACAUUAGGCAUGCACCGGGUAUUUCAGAAAGUGUCCUUGAUGAUGAUCGCAACAAGGAACCAUCUUCAAGGGAAGAACAUGUUUCUCAUGAUCAAAGUGCUUCUGAACCACGUGAAGGAUCACCUCCCAGUGUGCAUCGAGGCUCUCUCGACGAGAAGACAACUCCACCUUCAAGUAAAGCACAUAGUUCAGAUCCAAAGAUUGAUGCUCUACCAAAGAGUGUUGAUGUUAAUCCUAGCAGUGGCGAACAGCCAACUACACGAUCUUCACAUGGUCAUGGACUAACUAGGUCACCACCACUUCAUGAGUCUCUAGUCUACCCUGAAUCCAACGAGGAUGUACCUGAGUUUUUCAAACCACCCUCUGCUAAUGAAGAGGUCACGUCACCUAAAGUAGUCCCAGCAUCAGCACCAGAUACCAUGCUUGGUACAACAUCCGAUGAAAUAGCUCCUGACAGACUAAACUUGCCUUUGCCAGCUCAAGAGUUAGCUCGUUCUGCACAACAGCCUCUCUCUGUUGAGCCAACAAAAGAAAAAGGUAUUGUUACUUCAUCCGAUCAAACCGAUGAGUCACGGACAAUAAUUGGUCAAGGAAGAGUAACUCCUUCCACAAAUAAAGAAAAAACUCCAUUCGAUCUUCAAGGCAGUGAAUUAGCAAAACCACCUAAUGAGGACCAACAAGUUCGUGCUGGAAGUGCUUAUGAAGAGCAUGAAGGACCAAACCGCGACGCACGUGGUGCUGUUGAUGAAAAGGUGCCACAUCCAUCUAGCCAAGCAGGAAGCUCAGACAGUGUGCCUGAUUCAGCAACAAUAAGUGGUGAUACCCAUCGUACAAAUGUUGAUGUGCCUGAUCAAGAACUCCUGACGCCUAUACCUGAAGAAAAACCAAAGCAGCAGCAGAAAAUUGGUCGGUCCAGCACUAGAUCAUCCGAAGAUGACAGCAUAGAAGCCCGCAGAACUGCAAACCCUAACAUCUUAACAAGAUCUGGAAAUAUACAACAGCCACCAGUCAAGGAAAGCAUGCAGGAAGCUCAAGUAUCCAGAAACCAACAACAUGCUGACCAAGUAGUCUCUCAAUCAACACAGGAAAAUGAAAUGCAAAUUAAAGAAACAGAGGCACAAGACAAUGGAUCUGAUGAGCCUGAAGAUUCAGCACCAAUCAGUGGUACAAGUAGUGAUGGUCCAACCACAAGUUCUUUACCUGAUUCACAGUCACAACCUCCACCAGGAACUCUGAAUGUACCUGCUGUUUUCUUGGAAAAGAUAGAGCCACCAAGACGACCUAUGACUAGCCCAGCACCAGCUCCUGAUACUCAGCAAGAUGGAGAUUCAACUCAGUCUCCACAGUUGUCUCCCUCUGUUGUAUCAAGGAAGCAUGUUGCUGAUGCUAAUCAAACCGAUGUACCACAGGCAGGCCUGAGAGUGCCCGGAAGUUCAGAUGCUACACUUUCUUCACAUAAAAUACAAGAAUUUAUUCCUGAUGCUUCUGUCACCAAGUCAGGGAAACAACUUCUUCCCAUGACAGGUACAGAUCCAGUUCAGCAACCGCGUGAAGCUUCCGUUGAUUUGUCCAGCGAUGGGAAACCCACUAUGAUCAGAGGUAAGCAGGCCAACACAGCAUCAAAUGUCAGUCUCUCAGCCAGCCAAGAAGUUGGUCUAUCUGAAAAUAGUGCAGUUAAAAGACCGUUCUCUGAGGAGUCAGUAUCAUUGUUUUCUCAAAAGAAUCUCGAAAGAACAUUACCGGCAGAAAAAUCGAAGCAGAAGCAGCAAACUGACCAAUCCAGCACUAGGUCAUCUAAUGAUGAGAGCGUAGAAGCUAGUGGAACAGCGAACCCUAACAUCUUAACAACUGGAGAUUUACAGCCUUCACCACUCAAGGACAUCAUGCAUGCAACUGAAGGAUCUAGAAACCAAGAACAGGCUGAAGAGGCUGUAUUUCAGUCGACACAGGACAACGAAAAACAAAUUCAAGCAAAUGUGGCACAAGAAAUCGGAUCUUACAGGCCCGAAGAGAUUAAGCCUGAUUCAGCAUCAGCCAGUGGUGAUACUCGCCGUACAAGUGGUCAUCUGCCAGCCACAAGAUCCUUACGGGAUUCACAGGAACAGCCUCCUACAGGAGCUCCGAAUGUACCUGCUGUUUUCUUGGAAAAGAUGGAGCCACCAAGAGUACCCUCCACCGAUGAAGAACUCAUGACAUCCAAGACUAGCCCAGCCCUAGGUCGAGAUGCUCCGCAAGGUCUAGAUUCAACUCGUUCUCCACAGUUGCCUCCCUCGGUCAUAUCAAGGAAAGAUGUUGCUAAUGCUGAUCGAACCAAUGUAUCACAAGCAGGCCUGAGAGAGCCGGCUACUUCAGAUGUUACACGCCCAUCAGUGGAAACACAACAAAUUAGCCCUGAUGCUAAUCUCGCCAAGUCAGAGAAACCAGUUCUUUCUGUUGAAGGUUCAAAUCUAGUACAGACUGCACAUGAAGCUUCCUUCGAUUUAUCAAGCGUUGAGAAACCCAAUAUGAUAAAAGGUGAGAAGGCUAACACAAUAUCAAAUGUCAGUCUCUCAGCCAGCCAGCCAGUUGGCCAAUCAGAAAAUAGUGCGGUUAAAGGACCACUCCCUGGAGAUUUAGUAUCAUCAUUUUCACAAAAGAACUUUGAAAGAACCUUACCUCAAGAAAAAUCGAAGCAGCAUCAGCAAACGGACCAGCCCAGCACUAGAUCAUCUACAGAUGACAGCAUAGAAGCCAGUGGAAUCAGAAGCCCUAACAUCUUAACGACAUCUGGAGAUGUACGACCAUCACCACCCAAGGAAAACAUGCAGGCGGCUCAAGGAUCCAGAAACCAGGAACAGACUGGCCAAACUGUCGUUCAGUCAAUGCAGGACACCGAAAAGCAAAUUGAAGAAACUGAGGCACAAGACAAUGGAUCUGACGAGCCCAAAAGGAUUAGGCCUGAUUCAGCACCAAUCAGUGGUGAUGCUGGCCGUACAAUUGAUAAUGGGCCAGGUACAAGUUCUUUCCGUGAUUCACGGGCACAGCCUCCUGCAGGAUCUCUGAAUGUACCUGCUGUUUUCUUGGAAAAUGUCGAUUCACCAAGACUGCCCUCCACUGAUCAAGAAACCAUGACAUCUAUGACUAGCCCAGCACCAGCUCCAGAUUCCCGGCAAGGUACCGCACCACGUGAAGCAGCCACUGAUAAAGAUUCAACUCAAUCUCCACAGUUGUCUUCCUCUGUCGUAUCAAGGAAAGAUGUUGCUAAUGCUGAUCAAACCAAUGUACCACAAGCAGGCUUGAGAGAGCCCGCAAGUUCAGAUACUGCACGCCCUUCAGUGGAAAGACAAGAAAUUAGCUCCGACGCUAAUCUCGCCAAGCCAGCGAAACCACUUCUUCCUAUGACAGGUGCAGAUCCAGUUCAGCCUCCUGAAGCUUCAUUUGACUUGUCAACUGAUGGGAAACCCACUAUGGUCAAAGGUGAUCAGGGCAACACAGUACCAAAUGUCAGUCUCUCAGCCAGCCAAGCAGCUGGCCAAUCUGAAAAUAAUGCAGUUAAAGCACCGCUCUCUGAAGAUUUAGUAUCACCAUUUUAUCAAAAGAGCCUCGGAGGAACAUCAACUGAAGAAAAAUCUAACCAGAAAACUGAAAGGUCCAACACUAGUAGAUCAUCUAAAGAAGACAACAUUGUUGAAGCCAGGGGAACUACAGACCCAAACAUCUCAACAUCUGGAGAUAUUCUGCCCCCACCACUCAAGGAAAGCACACAGGCAGCUGAAGGAUCCAGAGACCAACGACCGGCUGACCAAGAUGUCUUUGAAUCAACACUGGACGAUGAAAAGCAAUUUGAAGAAACCGAGGCACGAGUCAUUGGACCCGACGAGCUGUAUGACACGAAUCUCCAGAAAAGUACGAAUCAGAACAACAAUGUACCAUCUCAAAUGGAUGCUUUGGAACAACCCAGAGAACGUGUCCCUGCGGUUCAGCCACGGAGCAAUGACACAUACACUGGUUCUGAACAAACUAAAGAAGCACCAGGUAGGAUCCCCGAAGACAAGAAAUCUGACAGCAGCUCGAGAACUUCUGAAGAAUCCGAGAAACAAGUACAGACUGAAGGAAAAAAUCAAGGUGGUGAAACCAAGGCAAUAGCCUCUAGGACUGAGCUGCCUGAAGGAAGAGAUCUCCCAUCAAGAAAUGAGGGUGUCAGUAGUAAAUCUCAGACAGAAACCCCGUACAAACUGGACGAACAAACUUCCUCUGGUAUUCAGAACAGGGACACAAACUCCAGCAAAUUGGGUGGCUCAACCGAUGAAAUGAGGUCUGCCGAUACGGAUGAUAAUCCUCCAUCCCCAUGAAAUUCAGUCAACCGACGCAUGAUACUGGAGUGUAGUACUGAAUAAAUAUGAACGAGAAGUCUGUUUGGAGACUCAAAGUUUCUCGCUUCUUCAUUUGUUGCUUCUUUUUUCUGGUAAUAAUAAGGCCCAUUCUGUUGUCAUCCUUGGAGGAUGCCAUUUUCAUGUACUUUAUCCGUUCUUUUGUUGAACAUGGUGGCUUACUCGUUCGUGAAAGUAAUUGUAUU